AGUAAUAUAAUUCAUUUUACGUUUAAUUUGGAUUUUAUACAUUAGUUAAUCCAAAGUAAAUCCAAGUAAAUCUAAAGCAAAAUGAAAUUUCAAUUUAUAUUAGCAGUUUAUACAGCAUAUUUAUUUAUGCCUAUAUUAUAUGCACAGAACAAUAUACAAUCAAUUGAAAAUGGAUUGGAAAAGUACAAGGUCGCUUUUGAAAAAGAAAAAGACCAUUUCGACAGAAUUAAUAAAGACAAAUUAAGUAUAAUCAUGAAUCAAUUUGAAUUACCAUAUACUAAUGAUGAAUUGACUACAGCUGUUGAAUUGUUUGGAUAUGACUCAGAACAUAUGUCACAAGAAGAUUUUCUAACUUUAAUAGAAAUAAAACUUGAUUUCCAAAAAAUCAUAGACGAAAAAAAAGUUAUUGAUAAAGAAGAUUUUCGUAAUUUUUGGAAAAAAUACUUAGGUAUUCAAUUGUCAGACGAUUUCAUAAAUAGUUAUUUUGAUGAUGCUAGUCAUAGAUAUGACAAUGAAACUAUUACCUAUGAACAAUUUUUGAAGUGCAUAAUGACAUAUCAAUAUUUAUGUUUUGAAAACUGUUAUUAGAAAUGAAUUAUUAAAUCAGUCAAAAUAUUCUAGAAUAUGUUUAAUAAGAUUUAUUUUGUAUAUAUUUGUAUGAAAUACAGUGAUUAAUCAACAAUUUUUAAAAAUCAAUAAAUAUUUUAAAAUGUAUGUUUUUU